UAAGCGAUUUGGAUUAAUUGAUUUACAGUGUUUUUGAGAUUCAUUGACAUUGCGCACAGCUCCAAAAUGUGGAGCCCUCAAAAAGGUCCUACACGAUUGUGGGACCUUAGGUUUAGUCAUAUAUUUAUAUUACAUUUAAUGUUUAGUUUAGUCUUAGCUGGUAAUGAAUUGUGGCCCAUGGAACGGCCGGAGGGAAUGCCAAACAUAGUCUCUUUAGAAGUGAUGUGCGGUAAGGAUCAUAUGGAUGUACAUUUGACAUUUUCCCAUCCAUUCGAAGGCAUCGUCAGCUCAAAAGGACAACACAGCGAUCCGCGUUGCGUUUAUGUGCCGCCAUCGACGGGCAAAACGUUCUUCUCAUUUCGGAUAUCGUACUCACGCUGCGGCACGAAGCCGGACUUGCACGGACAAUUUUAUGAGAAUACGGUGGUUGUGCAAUAUGACAAGGAUUUACUGGAAGUUUGGGAUGAGGCGAAGCGUUUACGCUGUGAAUGGUUCAAUGACUACGAGAAGACGGCAUCGAAACCACCAAUGGUCAUUGCCGAUUUGGAUGUAAUACAAUUGGACUUCCGCGGCGAUAAUGUUGACUGUUGGAUGGAGAUUCAACAUGGUAAAGGACCAUGGGCGCCGCCGGUGAGCGGUAUUGUGCCGUUAGGCUCUACACUCACACUUGUGGUUGCCAUCAAUGAUUAUCGCGGCGAAUUCGAUAUGCGUGUCAAGUCGUGCGUCGCUUCCGAUGGUUCCGGUCAUGUUAUCAAUCUUUCCGAUGAAUUUGGUUGUGUUUUGCGUCCGAAGAUGAUCUCACGCUUCUUGAAGGCACGUGCGCCCGAUGAGCGUGCCACCGUCAUAACAUAUGCCUUCUUCCACGCCUUCAAGUUCCCCGACGCGCUGAGCGUACACAUAAAAUGCAAAGUGGAGAUCUGCCGACACGGUUGUCUGGAUCAUUGUCAGCUUACUGGUAGCGUUAACGAGCGUAAAGAUGUGCUCAUGAACGAACCGCCAGGCAAUCAGAACGAGCUCAGUCAAGAAAGUAUAGGACAUCAACCAGCGCUAGGCGGUAUGUCUUUAGGUGGUGUUGGCGGCGGUGGUUUAGGUGGCGUUGGUGGUGGCGCUGGUGUUGGUAUGGGUGGCGAUGGUAUGGGCGAUCAUGAUAUCUUCUACGAUGACAUAAUACACAACCGCAAACAGCUGUCAUCGAUCAAUAGUGGCAUUGCCAACAUAUUGGAUCAAUUUAAUAUCCACGAAAAGAAUGCUAACCUCUCGCCACGGCCGGUGCACGAAGAACCCGAAGACUCGGAUCUCGACUCGUUAUUCGGUGAAGAUGAGUUGGCCGACUUGGAUGAGGCACAAUAUAUGGAACUGAAGAAGAGCGGUAAAUUCCCGCAUGGACCACGCCAAUUUGAGGCGCAAAAACGUAUGGGUGUGCCCAUGGCGGGACCACGUUCGCUGGAGCCCAAAACUAAUGACGAUGCACCACAUCCAAUUUACCGCCCACAAGCGGAAGCAUUGAAACGCACGCGCGAAGAUCACAUUGAUCUCGAUGCUAGUGAGGAAUUGUUGAAACAAAAAACAAAUAAAACCGCUGACAGCGACGAACACGAAAAAUCCACACGUCGUCGUCGCCGUUCGAUCGUGAUUGCCGAUCGGAAAGUGCGUAGCGCCGAUGUUGGUGUUAGCGGUCUCUACGAUGUCAUCUCCGAAGCAGAUCUUGCCUUCUCGCCAGACUCCAAACAGGAGGCGGUCACCGUAUUCCAGGGUAAAAUCAGCGAAGAGGUGGUCUAUGGCAUCUGCAUGCCGGUGCCGGGCUUCAGCAUACUUUUCAUUGUCGUCAUUUCGGCCACCAUUGUAUCCGCUUUGAUUGCCGGCUCGCUGCUCUAUCGCUAUCAACUGCAAAAGGAGGCGCUCGAGAAGCAAACGCCAAUGCCGGCGCCUGGUACUUUUGCCUCAUGGAUGACUUUGCGUCUCUUCCGUAUGCGGCACAUGCAAGAGCAACAACAACGACAGCAAAUUGGCGGUACUGUGGCAGCUGCGAGUGCGGUUGCGCACGAAACGGUGCAGUAGAAGGGGAAGUCGAUGGGUUGAGGUGGUGGGAUCGGAAGUAGUUAAAUAAAAUGUACUUCAAAAUCUAUAUUUUGAAAAAUCAAGCAAAAAUCUAUAAAAUAUUUAAAUUAAGCUUCCUGUAUGCGCUGUGUGCGCUGAUGACAAUAGAAGGUAA